AUAAAAACAGUGACUGAGCAACAUUUUAGCACAAAUCUCAUUCCAAGCCAAUGUCACUGGAGUCACUGAAUCAUUUAGUCAUAAAAAUCUAACUUUAUUUUGAUAAAAGAAGAGAAAGCUUUCAGUAACCAAGAUGGCUUUGAAGGCCAUGCGUCUCUUGUUGCUGCUGUUGCCUCUACUGUUACCCAGCUGGGCUGAAGAUGAAACAUUUCUCAAGCCUGCGUCCAACUGUAACGACUGCAUCCAGUCGGAUCCGCAGUUUGCUUGGUGCACCGCCCCUGGUUUGAAGCGUCGCUGUCACACCGUGAAGGGGCUAAGGAGUGCAGGCUGUACCACACAUUUCAUGUAUAAUCCUCAGGGCAGCGUUCAAGUUACCAGAAAUGAUAGCAGCACUCAGCCAACAGCAGAGACGCUGUACCUGCAGCCCCAGGAGGUGACCCUCCACUUGAGGCCUGGCGUGAGCCAGUCGUUCCCUCUUUCCAUCACCAUGCCGAAAGACCAUACAAUCACAGAGCUGAAUAUGGACACUAGUCCCAUGCCGGCUGCAUUCAACAUCACGUUCAGCAGCAUCAUAAAUGGAAACAUGCUCGUGGAGGUAAAAGUGGGGUCUGCCCAUUGCUCCACAAUGAUUGGUGACUUAAAUCAGAACAGGAGAGGACCAUGGUCUGUCCACCUUGCACCAAGAGGCUUUCCGCAAAAUGUCAAGUUGGUGAUAAAUGUGGAGUGUGAGUGCGACUGUGCAAGAACCCGUGAGGAAAACAGUCCAGCCUGCAGCAGCCACGGAGCUCUGGUGUGCGGCUCUUGUGAAUGCUACCCACCUUAUAUUGGACAUCAAUGCCAUGUCGACAUUGAAUCAAGCUUUUACAGAGAUGACAACUUCUGUCGCUCAGGACCAAACGCCCCAUUGUGCAGCGGUAGGGGAGCAUGCGUUUAUGGCUUCUGUCAAUGUAAUAGCAGAGAAAACCCAGAAGAAAGAUACUCCGGGGAGUUUUGCCAGUGCAGCAACUUUGAUUGCCCAUAUCAAAACAACAGAAUAUGUGGGGGUCACGGCAAGUGCGAAUGUGGAAGGUGCAUUUGCGACCAAGACUGGACAAAUGAGGACUGCAGCUGUUCCAUGGAUACUGCUUUGUGCAUGGCACCAAACCAGCAGCUGUGUAAUGGUAGAGGGUUGUGUAUGUGCGGAAGGUGUAAGUGUGACACACCCUACGCGGGCCCACUGUGCGAGAGUUGCCCUGCAUGUUUAGGUUUGUGCCAGCAGCAUGCCAAGUGUGUGGAGUGCCGGGCAUUCGGAACAGGGCCCCUAAAAGACAGGUGCAAGGAUGAGUGUACCUACCUAAUCUUGACAAAAGUGCAGAGCAAAGAGGAUAUUUCGGCACCUUGCAAAAUGAUUAGCAGGGAGGACUCUUGUUAUUUCUACUACAGUGUCUCCCAAAGCGCUUUAGGGACAUAUAUCACAGUGGCAGAUGAUAAAGAAUGUCCUCGCACACUGUGAAGAUGAUUCAACAGCAGCAAAAAUGUACACCUUGGGCUCCUUUGAUAUCAUUUUAUAACAUGUUUGUGUUUAAAACUGUCUUUUUAAAUGGAAAAGUUGAUGCUCAGAAUGAGGCUUGCUUCUUUGUUUCCCCUUCACUUGACUGACGUAUGCUACCACCAAUCAUAUAAUUUACAGGCGUGCUAUUACAAUAGACAUUAA